AUGUCUCCAGACCCCCCAUUUCGCCUUAUCGACCUAGAAGGCCCCCACUCCAGUGUGUGUAUCGAUCCCGACAUGCAGCCUUACUGGAAUCUGUUGCUCCAGCGUCGCCUCGCGUGGAUCCGGCAUAACCGCGACACUGCAAACAUCGACCUACAUAACUUGUUGCCUGGCCCCGACGGACUUCCAACCUGCAACAACCUCCCCUCCGAGCCCGAAGGUUUCCAGCCAAUUCCAUUCAAUAAAGAUCGCGCCAGUUUUCUCGACCUCAAAUUGCUCUUUCAGCCUGCCAACCGUGUCUGGGCCCAGGAGCACAUCGUCGAACACGAUACCGUCGAAAGGGUCACGAGGAUCCUAGAAGAGAGAUCAACGGCAACUCAUCUCGUCUGGGAUAAGGUCCUCGAUUGGCUCAUGAACUUGGAUGUGACCAGAGACAUCAAAUCUCUUGAUCUGAUGGAACGGAUUAUGGACGCGACAAGGGUGUACACGAGGGACUCUAACCAACUUACGUACCUGGCCAGACAGCCACACUGUAUUUUGGAGUACAAAAAGUUCUGUCGCACGUCGUGUGUCCAGACCAUGUGCCGCAUCAUCGGACUCGACGUGGAUGAUAAGUUUACCUGGUUAGACCAGCCGUUCAAGCAUAAACGACUCGUGUGUCGUGAAGACCAUAUUCGCAACAUCAUUCAGCCCGCGCAUCAAGCUCUUUCUGGAAAGAUGGAUAAUCAGGUCGAAGACAUAACCGCCUAUGUUGCUGAGCGUGUGAGGGAUCUACUAGAAGCGGAGGACAAUCUGGCACUGCUUAGACGACUUGACCACGAGUUGGUCGUCAUGAUGCAUCAGGUCCGCAAGAUGCAAGUAUGA